AUGCCUCGCGGGCCUCGCGCCGGCAGAAGCUCCGGAAGAAGAUCAUAUUCAAGUGGGUGGCCUAAAUUUCGCUCUUCGCCACAUAUCACUAAAACAUCGUCUGGUAAAACUGAUAAAGAUGAAAAAAAAUCGCCUCCUCCUGCUAAAGUUGAGACUACUACUGGUGAAUCCAAGCCUGGAAGAUUUUAUUCAACCAUAGCUGAUGGUUUUAGCUGGGGGACUGGAAAUGCAAUGGGACACAGAUUCGUUGAAGCCAUUUUUGGCCCUCGAACCAUUAAAACAGAGGUAGCUUUACCAGAGAAAGCUGAAGUUGCUUCUGUUGAUGCCAAUGAUGAUUACGAUAAAUACAAGGAAUACACUGAAUCUUGCAGUAUCAGCUACAAUGCAUUUCAAGAGUGCUUGUAUGCGAAAGGGAAUAACCUAAGGAAAUGUCAUUUCUUCAUGGAUCAACUGUUCGAAUGCAAGAAGAACACUGGUUCCUUCUUCUAA